CCUCUUUCUAGAGCUUCGACUUUCCGACCUGAAAAUCACUGAUGGUAUGAUUCGACCCAGUUGUCUUGAAAGCAUCAUGAGUGUGGUAUUUAAAGGGCAGUGGCCAUGCUGACAGCCUUCCCCAACCCAACCCUUCCCCGUUUGUCAACUGGUCGUUGAGUACGGCACCGUUUCCGUUCAAUUAAAAGUUCCAGAACGUCAAAACAUACUGAAUGCAGCCCGGGUUCAUUGAUCCGUCCCCCUUUUUUUGUUGACAUGUUCUAGUGAAGUGUAGGCUGAAGUUCAGUGUCCACAGCCGGUAUUUGGCUUAUUGAAUGGGGUAUAAAUGACACCGUCGCUCGUGUUAUACGGCUUUGUCAAUUUGGCGUAGAAAGUAAUCGCGUUCAAAACUCUAAAAGGAGGCUAGUAGACAGGUUGCUGGAGAAGCAGAGCCAGCGUUCAAGUUAACGUUAGCUAACUAGCAAGUUUAUUAGGUAGCUAGCAAGAUAGGGACAUAUUGUCCUCUCCUGGGUAGUCACGAUAACCACGAUGAAGGAUCCUCUCGAGUAGUCGACUACGUUGAUCAGUUGGUGAAACAAGGAUUUUCGGAUUUCCGCAAGCGAGUUGCAUUGUACGUCACUAGCCAAGCUAACUAGCUAGCCUAGUUAACAUCAGAUAGCCAGCUCAGCUGUCAAACUAAGGUACGGUAGCGUCGCGAUGGAUUCGGAAGAAACAACCCCUUUACCCACGUUGCCCCUGAUGACAGAAUCUGAUCAACUGUCUGUCUUCUACGUAUUAUUUCUAACGGAACUUCAAUAUGUAAGUAGUUGGCUACAGUGUUGAUACUGCCAAUGUAUGGAGGAUAUCUUGUUGAACUCUUUCUAUAAUAGCUAUUGUAGCUAGCUGGCUAGUCAAGUCUUAGGCCGCCGUAUGGCUGGCUGGCUUGCUAGCUACAUUGAAACUGAAUCAUGUUGGCAGCUUCAAUGUCUUGGGGAAUGAUCUUGUCCUCCAAUACCUAAUGCGUUUCCCCAAUAGUUGCAGCCUAGAAUGGAUCACUAGAUUGCUCUUUAGUUUCGAUGUUUUCAAAGUGGAAGUUGCCAGCCCUCUUCCUCAUAGAAAACUAAAUGUCACACUUACCAGACUGGCAGUAUCUGUUCUUCCUCUAUCUGUGUCUCAGAUAGAGAGGUGUCUUCAAGUUGUUGAAUUUUACUUUGACAUGUUCCCCUUGCAUAACUAUCACCUGAGGUUACAGGCCAUUUAAAUAUACAUGUGGCUCAUGUCUAGUGAUGUUAUGCAAUAAUCUGUUUUGUUUAUUGCCCAUCUUACAGGGUGAAAGGGCACACGAUGCAAUCUUUUGCACUCUAAAUCCUAGGCCUAAGGCUUGUUAGUUAGAUCCAUGCUGUGGUGAUUCAUUUAGCUAAUCCCUGAAUUUCACUGAGCGACUGCGAUGGAAGUUCUGUGUUGUGCCUGUAUGCCACGUGCAUUGUGCAAAGGUCUCCAUGGUUGGACAGUGUUAGGGCUCCAGGCCAAUCCAAUCCCCAUUGAUUACGUAAGGUUAAGGCAAAUAUUCUCUCUUUAUUGAUUUUGAUCAACAACUGGGUUAUAGGCUAGGUCUAUUUCUAAACCCACCUUGAUUUGAUCUGAAGAUGUGCCUCUUCGCAUUGACUGAGAGGGUGCUCAGUGGGAUAACCAUUAGCCAUGCUUUUAAACAGAACACUGUAAUGCCUGAUGGUUUAGUUCAGUGUUUAACAUCACUGAUUUUCCUCUGUCAUCUCAGCCCAACUAUUGCCCAACUUAUUUGCUAAGCCAGACAUGUGCUGUAGUAACACUGAUUGGGCCUGUGUGUCUCCCCAGAUGGUCACCUGCCUGCCAGAGCAAUGGAAGCCAGGUCCAGACUUCUACGGCGUGUCCUGGGAACCCGUGCUGGUCACUGCAGGUGCCGGGGUCAUCGGCUUCCUCUUCCUCUUCUGGAGGAGCAUUCUAUCUGUAAGUCCUUGUUGUACAGUCACUGCUUUCAUAAUUUCAUCAUCUGAAUGCUUCAUGUUAUUCUAUGAUGUAUCGUAUGCUACUGUUGAGGAGGCUGUUUGCUGCCACUUUUCUUUUCCCUUUCUCACAGGUCAAAAGCAAGUCAUAUCUAAGUAAGUUCUUCUACUUCUCUCUGGCAAUUUAUGGUGCAUAGUGAAUCCUCAUUCAUAUUGCCUACAGGCUGGUGUCCUUGUCACGUGUAAACCAUGUCUGAAUUCAUACUCUUGUCAUAUGUUUUAUUAGCUACUGAAAAAGAGAUGACGGACAGGAUGGAAAGGCUUGAACAAGAGAAGAAGGAGAUACUCCAAAAGGUCGCUGAACUGCAGCAACAGGUAAGUUGCAGAGACUUUUCACUGACCAAGAUCCAGAAUUUUGGGUUCAACGUGAAUUAAGGGACAUAACAAUGUUUUGAUAAUGUAUUUCUACUGGGUUCCCCUCAGGGCGAAGAACUUAAAGAAAAGCAAAAGCAAUCUGAGAAAUCUGCCACUUCAUCUCUGGAGAAGAUCCAGGAACUGGAGGUGAGUCUCUAGGAAAUAUUAUCUUGAUCACACAUCAUUGUCAUGCUGACUAUUUUUUAUUUAUUUUUUGUUUUCCAUAGUGUUUGAAUUGACACACCAUUUUAUUUUUCUAUCCAAUAGAAUAUUGUGCAAGAGAUGGAGAGACAAAAUGAGCGCCUGGACAAGGAAAAUAACUUACUCGCCAGAUCCUUUGACGAUGAGCGAGCCAAUACUGCGAAACAUGAAGAUGUGGUGAGUAGUAUUGAGCGAUUAGCCGGAAUAAAAAUGUUCCCCCUGGUUUCAAAACAACCAAUUGUCUGACAUCUGUUCAAUUCUUUUAAUUCAAUUAAGUUUGUUUUAUUCUGUGAGCUCAAUGUGCCGUUUCUCUAGAGAAAUCAAAUCAAGCACAAACUUUGAGACGUUGUAGGAAGUUUUAAUUUUCAACAGGCAAAUAAAUAUUCAACAUAGUUUAGUGCAGAAAAUUUGGUAAUUGACUACAGAGAGGAAGGGACAGCCUGCAAACGAGAGAGAUAACUGCCCUAGAGAGCAGUUGCUUCUUGAUGUAGACAGCAUAGGCAGCUACUAUUAGCCAGCUACUAGCCUAAAUAGGAUGACUCGUUGGUGAGCACAGAGAAAGAUGGUUGUCAUUAUGCUUAUCAUUAUCUUUGCCCAUAGAUGUCUGAAAUGGACAAAACCAUUGAGAAGUUGAAGCGCAGCAGGAAGAAGACCCAGGACGCACUCUCAAAGGUAUAGUUCAUAUAAGUGAACAUGCCCAAUGAAAACAUGUCAAAUAUGUUAACAUUGCAACAAUCAAAUGUAAAGUGUCCAUUUCCUUUAAUUAUCCUUGUCAUUGAAUCUGUAGGCUACCAUUCUGAUGGAUGAAGCCAAGCUCCGUGAAGAUGCCCAGAAAGUCCAGCGCCAGGUUCUGGAGAAGGAUAUUGCCACCCUGAAGGAGGAGAACCUCUCAGUGAGUACCAAUACAGAACAACGAUUCACACUUGAAGCCUCAUGUGUAGGACUCAUUGGCCAUGCAGGGCCUGCAUAGAACUGUCUUUAUGACCUCAUUUCCUUGUUACAGCUGCACCAUGCUGCCAAGUUGUGGGAGGAGAAGCACAGGGAGAUGAGCGAGCAGAUCAAAGUCUACCAGAAGUCCCAGAAAGACCUGGAGGAUUCCCUCGUUCAGAAGGACCACAACGUUGAGGUGAGUUUUUUUUUUAAAGUUACGAUAUUGUUACACCGCAUCAAUUCCUUUUCACACCUUCUCAAACGCACCCUGAUGACAAAGAAACAUGGCACCUGUAUUAUGUUAAGAAAAAUCCUUCUUCUUGACUGAUUCCAGGGGAAAAGUGUAGUGUAUAAUUGGUGGUUCUCUCCCUCUCUGGCAGGUUUUGUCUGACCUGCUAGGAGACCUGGAGGCCUGCGAUGACCUGA